GGGGCUACUGUAAACCGAUGGAGUAGAAGGCACAACCGCACAAGGCAGCAGCUGAAAAUUGGGGGAGGAAGAAGAACACCAGGAAGGGAAAGCAUUACUUCAUCAUUAACCCACUCGCCCAAGCAUAAAUCCGCCCUCCAGUUCAUAUGCCCCUCUUGCCGAACAUGACCGUUGGGCGCUGUCCCCUUCCAGAUCCCAGAUAUACUACCACCCCUCUCUCCCCCCGCAUCGCCCCCACGAUUCGUCGCGUUCGCGUGCUGCCAAAUCCUCCUCCCCCUCCUCCGUCCCCACAACAUUCUGUCGCGCCGAUUCGACCGUUGCCGCCUCGCCCGCUCCGCGCACGCGCGCACGCCGCUCCCGUUCCCCUCGCGCACGCGCGGGCCAUGGCGAUCGACCUGGCGCCGCUGGCUGGGGAGUUGGAGGUCGCGGGGGCGGCGGUUGGAGGGAAGAAAGAGGAGGGGGAGGGGGAGGAGGGCGGGGUGUGCGGCGGGGAGGCCGUGGUGGUGGCCGCGGCGGACGCGGAGGUGGAGGGCCACCCCUACGACUUCCACGUGUCCGGGCCGCGGAACCUGCCGCCGCCCAACUGGAGGGAGAUCAUCCGUUCGAGCUGGAAGGAUCCCAAUUACAAAAGGAUGGUAAUGGCCUGCUUCAUUCAAGCAGUCUACCUGCUUGAACUGGACAGGCAAGAUGAGAAAGGAGAAGAGGAUGGCCUUGCUCCAAAAUGGUGGAAGCCCUUCAAAUACAAGGUCACACAGACAUUGGUCGAUGAGAGAGAUGGUUCCAUCUAUGGUGCCGUCCUUGAGUGGGAUCGUUCUUCUGCUUUGUCUGACCUUAUCCUCAUAAGACCAAGUGGCGCGCCAAGGGCUGUGUUAGCUCUCCGAGGAACACUGCUUCAGAAGCCCACCAUCAAGAGAGACCUACAAGAUGAUCUUCGCUUCCUGGUGUGGGAGAGCUUAAAAGGAUCAGUCAGAUAUAUUGGCGCUUUAGAAGCACUGAAGACAGCAGUUGAGAGGUUUGGUAGCGCUAAUGUCAGUGUUGCUGGGCACUCCUUGGGAGCUGGAUUUGCUCUUCAGGUUUGCAAAGAGCUCGCUAAGCAAGGAGUCUUCGUGGAGUGUCAUCUGUUCAAUCCACCUUCUGUUUCACUUGCCAUGGGUGUAAGGAGUAUGAGUGAGAAGGCCAGCUACCUGUGGAAAAAAGUUAAGGCUAGUCUACCACUGACUGAAGAAGCAUUACCUGACAGUACCAAAGAGGAGGGAAGUGCAAAGAAGAAAUUGCGUGCUGACAAGAAAUGGGUGCCACAUUUAUAUGUAAACAACAGUGACUACAUCUGCUGUCACUACAAUGCCCCUAAUUGCUCCACCACCACCACCACUACCACCACUGAUGGUGCUUCAGAUGAGCAGCAGCAGCAACGAAAGGCAAGUGAGAUCGCUGGUGAUGUGGUCGCGAAGCUUUUUGUGACAUCGAAAGGCCCACAGAAGUUUCUUGAAGCGCAUGGGCUGGAGCAAUGGUGGUCGGAUGGCAUGGAGCUGCAGCUAGCAGUGUAUGACAGCAAGCUUAUAUACAGGCAGUUGAAGUCCCUCUACACAGCAACUGCACCGUCACCCCCUGCAAAGUAGUAGAAACUGCUGAGAUCGCUGUUUCAACUGGCGUUAGAAAUACUCUUUCUAAUCAGUUUCUGCCUCUAUUAACUUGAUAUGUUUCAUCAUGGUUGUGACUGUGAACUAUUAUACAGUAAAAUAUAAUAAACGGACAUGUGCUGAUAAAUACAUUGAUAUUUUUCAUGUUCCAUCUUCUGUCA